CGGUAUCACACCCCACCUCGAUCGCGAUCGUGUUCUGAGUCUGAUGAUGACGAGAGCAGUGAGACCCCUCCUCACUGGAAAGAGGAAAUGCAGAGAUUACGGACAUACAGACCGCCAAGUGGAGAGAAGUGGAGUAAAGGCGAUAAGUUGAGUGACCCGUGUACAAGCAGAUGGGAUGAAAGAAGUGUGUCCCGGAGGUCAAGGUCUUGGUCACAUAAUGGUUAUUCUGAUCUAAGUACUGUGAGAUAUUCUAGCCAUCACAAAAAGCACAGAAAAGAGAAGAAGAAGGUGAAACAUAAAAAGAAAUCGAAAAAGCAGAAGCAUUUCAAGAAGCACAAGCAAACGAAAAGAAAGAAAACAUCGGCCUCAUCAGAUGUCGAAUCCUCUCAUUCCUUCCUCAGGAGGACAAAAUCAUCCUGUGAUCGUCAGAGGAAAUCUCGUUCUUCUUCACAGUCUUCCAGACAUUCAUCCAGAAGAGACUGGUCUAAAUCUGAUAAGGAAGACCAGAGCUCAUCAUCUUCAUCCAGCAGAGGGACACGAUCGUACUACAGAUCCAGGUCCAGAUCCAGGUCUAGGUCUAAAUCAAGAUCUUACUCCCGGAAAAGUUCUCGAUCAAGAUCAGCCUCUAAAUCCUCACGCUCUCGAAGCAGGUCGAGGUCAAGUUCUAAUCCUAGGCAUCAAAAGACAGUUUCCAGUUCUCCACGAAAUAUUUCAACGCGAUUAAAUGAUAAUAAGUUGAGCAAGACUGCUGAGCCCGUAAGAGCAGUUAUACUCCCCGCUGAGAAAGUUGUCGUACCGCCCGUUGUCCCAGAAAGCCUCCCUGUUAUACCCCUGAGUGACAGCCCACCGCCUUCAAGGUGGAAACCUGGGCAGAAACCGUGGAAGCCGUCUUACGAGCGAAUUCAGGAGAUGAAAGCUAAAACGACCCAUUUGAUACCCGCGCAAACUAACUACAAUUUAGUCGCCGUCAAAGAGGUUGACGCUUCUUCCUCGUACCGUAAGCGACGAAGGAGUUCAGACAGCGAUCGAAGCGGUUACUCCAAAUAUCGUAGCGACCGAAGCUCGGAUAGUUCGCCGCGAUCGAGGAGCAGGUCCUCUCGAAGCAGGUCGUACUCAAGGUCUUAUUCCAGAUCCAGAAGUCCAUCCAGCUCUAGGACAAAAUCUCAUUCCUCGGGCAGAUCUCCAUCGCUGAGUAAAUACCGCAGUGACAGGUCAGGAUACAGCGGGUCGACGUCUUAUUAUUCCCUUAGCGAUGACGACAGACACAGAAGCAAGAGGAAAUCCACGUCAAGUGAUCAGAAAGCUCGGCCUCUUAAAGUGAGGCAAGAAACCAGCUCGGAGAGCACCCUCCCUUAUAAAUGUACCAAAGACUACGAUGAGUCUUCUCAAGGAUUGAAAGAGAGCGACAGUUUAUCGUCUUCAGACUUCUCUUCUGACAGCGAGCGCUCUGCCAAAGCAAAAGUAGCCCAGGAAAAAGACAGCCGCUUUCAGUUAGAAGGAGAUACGCAAAAACAGGACAAAAGUAGCUUCAGCUCUGAGAGAGAGGAGAAAUCCAAGUGCGAGCGGGAUUCUGAUCACGCUAGAAAGAAAGCGGCUAAGGAGAAAUCUGAGCUACCCAGAGGUGGUGCAAAAACUAAACAAAGAUCUUAUUCAGGUAGUAAAUGGGACUCCGAAUCCAAUUCUGAUAGAGGAGAGGAAAGGUAUAACAGGGGAGAUUCCAGACCCUCCUCUGGUAAAGAGGAAGGAGAGGCCACGUCGGGAUCCGAUACAGAGCUCAGCGUUACCAAAAGGCUAAAACCCCAAUCAAAUUCUUCAGAGGGGUUUCUGGAUUCUGACUGCGCAUGGAGGACGGGCAAGCAGUUGUCAUCUUCUGAAUCUGAGAGUUCUGGUUCUAGCCUGACAAACGUCAGGGGAAAGCCAAAAAAACACAAGCGUGGAUCGAAAAAGACCCUUAAAAAAUCCCAUUCCAAAAAGGCGAAAGAAAAAACGAAAGGGAAGAAGGAGAAGAAACACAAAGUUCAGAAAAGAAAAGAAAUGUUUCACUGGCAGCCCCCCCUGGAGUUUGGUGAAGAUGAUGAUGAUGAGAUAAAUGAAAAGCCGGUUACCAAGGAUGAUAAAAAAGAAAAGCAGCUUGCCAAGGACGUAAAGGAUAAAAACCAGGUUUAUGAAAAGGAUGAAAUAGCCAAAGAUAAAAUGGAAAAUGGUGAAAAGUCUUGUGCGAAUGAAAACCUUUUGGGUAAAAACGCUCCAUCCGAUGCCUCGCCCAAUCGCGGUAACUUUAAUAAAGACAGCACUGAAACAAACACUUCAACUGGUAUUUUAAACUCAGGAAUAAAUGUGGCCGCUUGCAAGAAUGAGAUGAAAGAAGAGAUGAAAGAAGCUGAAGAAAGUAACCAGAAUGGACUGGAAGAUGUUAUUCAGACAGAUGACAACAUGGAGAUUUGCACUCCAGAUCGUAACUCGCCAGGGAAGGUCGAUGUGGACGUUUUGUCUCCUGUCACUCUCGCUGCUAAACCUCACGCUUUAAGUGCCAGCAUCAACAGAGAUUUACAGGUUGAGACCCCUGAACAAGAUGCUGUCAAACUAGGAAACAGUAUAAUGGACUUCAUUAGUAUUAAAGAAGAAAAAGAGACAGGAAGGCAAGAAAACAACUCUGUCCCUGUGCCCAGCGCUAAAGACUGUGGUUUAAAAAGUGAAAUUACUGAAAAUACACAAAGCAAUAUGAUCGAUAAUAAAUGGAAGCCUUUGCAAGGGGUUGGUAAUUUACAACCAGGAACCGUUAGUACUGCCACCGAAGUUAAGAACGUCGCUUCAGCGCCAGAGCCUAAACCAGCAGGUUUAAGAAUUGAAAUAAAAGCUAAAAAUAAAGUCAGGCCUGGGUCUCUGUUUGAUGAAGUCAGAAAGACAGCGCGGCUGAAUCGAAGGCCGAGGAACCAAGAAAGCUCCAGUGAGGAAGAGUCCCCAGGUAGAGCUGACAACAGCCCGUCCAGGAGUCUCAGUAGGUCGCGAAGUAAAUCCGAAUCUAAAUCCAGACACAGGACAAGGUCCAGAUCCUACAGUCACUCCAGAAGUCGAUCCCGAAGUUCGACGUAUUCAUAUAGGUCAAGAAGCUAUACAAGAAGCCGAAGCAGAGGACGGUAUAGUAGAGAUCGGUCAAGAAGUCGAAGUAGUUCUUACCACAGCUACAAGAGUCGUAGUCGAACCUAUAGUAGAAGUAGAUCCAGAAGUAGCUCUUAUGGUCAUCACAGUCGAUCCAGCAGGUCGUACACGUAUGAUAGUUACUACAGCAGAAGUCGAAGCAGAAGUAAAAGGAGCGACAGCUAUCGAAGAUCUAGGAGUUACGAUAGACGAUCCAGAUCUUACGGCUCUGACAGCGAAAGCGAUCGCAGUUACUCCAACAAUCGAAGCCCCAGCGAAAGCAGCAGAUACAGCUGA